UUUAUCCUACGCCCAUACUGUACUAAAAAAUCAUUUGCAAUGGCAUGCAAUUCAUGCGCCAAACCGUUUACAUUAUUUCGGAACGAGAAAGGAUGUCCCAAUUGUGGCUUUGCUUUUUGUUCUAAAUGUUUAGCACACAAAAUGUUUGUGCAGAAACUAAAUGCCGAGACCAAGGUUUGUAUGAAAUGUGCAAAAGCACCCAACUCAAGUAAACCAAGAAAUGUGGAACCACCUGAUGCAUAUUUCAAGAGAAUAACACCAGGUACAAACCUGAAUGACAAUCCCACAGCAGGAAAUUCCAAAGAUCAAGAAAUAGUUGAAAGAUUAAAUAAGUUAAAACAAGACAAGACUGAACAUAAUUUAAAGCCUGACGAGAAAAUAGCAAAGCGACUACAGGGUCUCACCAGAGAAGUACCACCUACCACAGACCAUGAACUACAGUUGCGUCUGGCAAACCUGAGUACAUAUAAAGAUGAAUUUGAUACCCUAGUGAAUGAGAUGGAGGUGAGAUUACAGAGAGUAAAAAGUGGCAACUGUAUUAAACCAAGUGGUUCUCAAGAACAACAAGCAUCUAAGACUGAAGAUGAAGAAGAUGCAGUAAAAAAGAUAGUUGAAAAAAAGU